AAGAAAGAAAGAAAGAGAAAGAGAUAGAAAGAAAGAAAAAGAAAAGAGAGAGGGGUAGACAAACCAACGCCAUAACACGUGAACAAAAUGUUUCAUAUUUUAUAUACACUGUGGUAGAACCAGCUGAUAUAAACACUAUCCUUCCUCUCGAUAGAUGGUUACAAAUACAAAUAGACAGGUCGAAAAAUAAAACAGAAUGAGUGUUAGAUAGUAAUUUGUAAUUGGUCUUUGAAAAUAGUGUUGAGGUACCUCGGUACUGGAAGAAAUAUGUGAGGAAAAAUUGGCUGAAUGUUAUAAACUUGUUCUUAAUUCAGAUGAUUAAAGUUGAAAGUCGAUGCAGAGGAUCAUUGCUGAGCCAGGAAGAUAAAGAAAUUAUUACGUGUAAUGCACGGUUUGUCAUUAACGAUUUGUAUAUAGAAAUGUAGACACACACGACCAUACACAAGCGCACACGCGGAAGGACUUGUGCACGUAAACAAACACGCAAGCACGCACGCACACACAAACAUACAAUAAAAACAAACAAACAAACAAACAAACCAGAGACAAAACAUUUCCGAACAACAGAAGCUCAUCAACAAAUAUCGCAAUUUUUUCUCAGUCAUUUUUUUUCUCUCAGAACCCUGCAAUUGCUUAAUCCUCAUCUCCCAAUGGAAAUAACCCAGCUCCUUAUCUCAAGAUACUAAGCGGAAAUGAAUCACGAUAACGGAAGGAAAAAACGAAAUAUUCCUGGUGAGUGCACAGUGAGGCGCGUGUGUCCUGGUUAUUUGCGUGUCCGCGCGCGCGUGUGUGUGUGUGUGUGUGCGCGAGUGCGUAUGUGCCUUCGUCAGUGGAUCUCUAUGAGGUGGGAAAAGCGUGGACUUCUAAGGACAGUUCAAGGACAUGAGAGCGUCCAGGGCGGGGGAAGUCCUCGCGGCCGACGGCAGAAUGUCCCGGGGCCAGAGGAACAAGCUGAAAGAAAGCCUGCAGCAGCCGUGGCGGGGGGCGCACCAGCUCCGAAUGACGCUGUUAACCUCGAGAGGCGGGUGGGGCUCAUCAGUGGGGUUGCUCUGAUUGUCGGGACCAUGAUCGGUGAGUUGUGUUACCCCCCUCCCCCUCUCUUCCCCCCCUUCCCCCCUUUUUUUUGCAAUAUGCACAAACCAACACCACCAACACUAGGCGCAUUGUGUUACGUGGAGCUAGGCUGCAUGAUCCCCUCCUCAGGGGCGGAACAUACGUACUUCAUGACGGCUUUCGGACAUCUGCCGGCGUUCCUGUUCGCCUGGGUGUCCAUUAUCAUUUUGAAGCCUGCCAUGUUAGCUAUUAUCUGCCUCUCCUUCUCCAAGUACUUGGUGGAGGCUUUUGCGUCUGACUGUGAACCUCCUCUGACGGCUAUCCAGCUGCUGGGGGCGCUGACCAUAGUUCUCAUCACCUUCAUCAACUCCUACUCGGUCACGCUGGCCACCAAAGUCCAGAACAUCUUCACGGCGGCCAAACUGCUGGCCAUCCUGAUCAUCGUGGUGGGCGGGGCGGUGCGGCUGAUCCAGGGGAACACGCAGUACCUGGCCACGGGAUUCCAGGGUUCCACCGCCAGCUUCGGUGACAUCGCUACGGCCUUCUACAGCGGUCUGUGGGCCUACGAUGGAUGGAAUAACCUAAACUACGUGACGGAGGAACUAAAGAAACCCUAUACCCUUAUCGACUCAAGACAAGAAAUCACACCAGAACCACACGUAUUAAACACCCUUAUUGACUCCCUUACUGAUCACGACUCUACCUUCGGGAACCGCGUUCUUGGAUGGGCGGCUUUCCUCAUGCCCCUCGCGGUCACCCUCUCCACCUUCGGCGCCGCCAACGGAACGGCUUUCACGUCGGGCAGGCUGUGCUUCGUGGCGGCAAGGGAGGGCCACAUGGUCGACGUCCUGUCCUACGUCCACGCUAAGAAACUCACUCCUUCGCCUGCACUCCUGUUUAACGCUUUCAUCGCGCUGAUGAUGGUGAUUCCCUCCGACAUCGGUUCCCUCAUUGACUUCUUCAGCUUCACCGCCUGGAUUUUCUACGGGGGCGCUAUGUUGGCCCUCAUCAUCAUGCGGCGCACCAUGAAGGACGUGCCCAGGCCAUACAAGGUCCCCAUCGUCAUCCCGGUCAUCGUCCUCGUCAUCUCCAUUUACCUCGUCGUAGGCCCCAUCAUCGACUCCCCACAGAUCGAGUACCUGUACGCCAGCCUCUUCAUUCUCGCUGGCCUCGUCUUCUACUUCCCCUUCGUCUACUUCAAGAAGAGCGUCCCAGGCAUGGGUCACCUGACAACCUUCUUCCAGCUGAUUCUCCAGGUUGUCCCCACCGACACAAUGCCCGAUGCCUGAGUUACUGAAUGCCACGAAACGAGCUUAUCAAACACCCCGAUGCCAGGGAAAUGAUGCUGCAGCUGUUCGUCGGAUAAAAUCUUGAAUGAACAGAAAUUGUUUUACUCUUCUGUGAUUUUUUUUUUCGUUUUCUUUUCUUUUUUCUUUUUGAGGUACAUUUUUUUGUUUGUUUUUUCUUCGAACUUAGCAUUCCAGUGUGGUUUUCGAGCUCUGUCUAGUAGGAAGAUGAAAGCACAAUGAGAGCCAUAGCACACUGGGAAGCACACACAGAUACAUUCAUAUAUACAUUAAAUACACAUAAGCAUGCGUAUGUAUGCAAACACACACGUUCUUAUGGGAACCUUUCCAUACUUCCCACAAAGGAAGAAGAAGAAAAAAAAUCAAAUGUAGCCCAAAUGUAUAAUUAUUUCUCUCUUUGAUACAUUUUUAUUUCAAAGUUAGAUCUUAUCCACUGGAGAAACGUAACUGUUGCCAAAAGCACCAAAUGGAUAAUGAUGUUGAGAUCCCUGGAAUGCAUGAGAUAGCUAUAGGUUCUAUGUUGGUACCACUGUUCAGCACGAGUGGAAGAUAUGUUGGCAGUCCUGUUCAACACCAAGUUCAUUAACACAUUGAGAAGAAAUAUGCUAAUUUAUGACUUCAACACCAAUGGGAAAUGUGUUCAUUAUACACCAGAACUACACGGCUGAAAGCUGACAUUUCUGUAGUUAAACUUCUAGCUGCACAAGUAUUAGGUGUUAGUUAUACGGUAAACACUAUCUGGAGACGCUCGUGUAACCUUUCAACCUGUGAUAUAGUCAUCCUUUUGCUUCGGUAGUUAGAGGUGGGAGAAAUUGCGUGAUUAUAUAAAGUGCGCAUGUGUGUUCGGUUACCCAGAACCACGAGCCAAGUAGUCCAUAGACGGGAUCUCAUCACUCUAGGCGGAUUUAUGUGUUGUCUUUUCCUCCUCUUGAAGAAAGGUUGGGCGUUUUGACGUUCGAGAGGAGAAUAAGUUUAUAAGGUGAUUGCAU